UUGGCGAUUGUUGGCUGUACCCGCCAUGUUUUCUUUUUAUUGUUCAAGUGACUAAUCGCAACUACUAUUACCGUAUUAUCGAAUAAAGUAUACAAAAUUAGUGCAUUUAAUUUUUUGAGACUUGUCAACCGAGUCCUUAGAAUGGCUUACAACAAGCAAUACAACACAAGGUUCUCUGGCCGCUACAACACUCCUGGACAAUUUGUGUCGGCAGGAGAGUUGGUGUCGGGCGCGCCGCCGGCUGGUCUGCUGCAGCGGCCGCGACCUUACCCGCCGUACACUAAAUACUACUCAUCAUCGUACGGUCAGGCGCCUCGGAAACAGAUGCCGCAGAAUAUUCAGCCUAUACCUAAAGCGAAACCAGAAGAUGAGAUGACAGUCGAUAAUGACGUGGCGAUGGCGAUGCCCAAAAAUGAGGGGCCCGGUGUUGUGCGCCCACAUUGGAUGAAGAGUAAAUUGCCCGGAGUGAAAAAAGUGAGCAACAAAGAGCGACGUCGGCGUCAGAACGAGAACUUGCGGCGGUUGCUCACCCCCAAGAACGCGCUCAUGGUGCUCAACGAGAUGAUGCCCAAUGAGCAGGUCGCUAAUCAAUUUAAAGUGGAACCCUCAGCAAAUAACCAGUACUACAAGGCGACAAACACUCACAGCUUCUGCGCAGAUCUUACUAUAGACGGCAAUUGUUACAAAGGCUAUGGUGAAAACAAACUGAUGGCACGAAACGCAGCCGCCGAGCAGGCGAUCCGAGACCUCAUCAUAAAGAAGAUGAACAAAGCAGUGACCAGCGACAGCGGCUCCACCAACGGCGACGCCGCCAGCGACGAGGAGGCGCUGCCCAUGAUCCAGCUGGCGUCGUUCGCGCUGCACAAGCUGUUCACGGAGUGGGAGUACGAGGGCCACAAGGUGCCCGCGCUCAAGCCGGCCGCGGCCGCCGCGCCCGAGCCCGCGCCCGCCGCGCCGCACAAGCCGCUGCCGCCGCGCCCCGCCGCCAUGCACCCCUGCAUGCUGCUCACCUACAUGCGCCCGCAUCUGGAGUACCGCGAGCUGGCCGUGGACGGCGACCGCCCGCAGAACAUGCUGUUCACCAUGGGCGUGGAGGUGGACGGCACCACGUACGUGGGCAAGGCGCCCAACAAGAAGGAGGCGCGCAAGCUGGCCGCCAAGGCCGCCUGCCGCGCGCUCUUCGACGUGGAGUUCGAGCAGCCGCCGCCCGCCGACCUUGCGGCCGCGCCCGCGGGCCCCGCGCAGUAACCCCCCCCCCCUUUUUAACGUAUUUCGAAGUUGACUAAGCCCCCUUUCUAGUUUUAGGGCUAUUUUCUUAAGUAAUUCCGCUAAAGAAGCAUAUAUUUUGAAGGAUAACAUUAGUAAUUUUUAUUGUGAACCGUCUUAUAAGGCUAUAUAGUACAAAACGUAAUCAACUAAAACAAUAUGUUGCCUUAGUAUACUACAACAAAGACCCAGUUUCUGUCACACGUAACGUGGUGUGAGUCAAGGGUCGCGUAGUUUGCGAGCAGGCUUUACAUUGUACUCGCACUUUAUAAAUCAAAUUUUAUUAAAUCUCGGGUUACUAGAAUCCUUGACUUUAUAUGGUGACAUGUAUCGUUAUGUUUCUUUGUAGUCGUAUUGCUCGCACGUUAGACUCGAGUGCGAAUGAGUUAUAAUUGUUAUCAAUCAAUUCAUAAAUAAUUAUUCAGCUUUAGACCGUGAGGUGAAUAUUACUAUUACUAGUAUACCAUGAAGUGUAGUAUUGCGACAUGGCGCUGACGUACGUUUAUUUAGUACGCGCUAUAUUAUAUUAUAUAAAUGUCUUCGAUAUAUGUAGCUACGAAGUUAUAUUUCUAUUAUUUUUAAAUACCUAGAAGUUUUUAAUUGAAUUUUAUUAAUGAACUUGAAAAAUUGAAUGAUAUGAAAUAAUACGAACACAUACAUUCGUAAAUAUAAUUAUUGUGGUUUUCUUUUUGGAAUAAUCAAUUACUGCAAUAUUAUUACAGAGCAGUCGCUUGCCGCGACUCUUCGUAUCUGUUUGACUACUUUUUUGUUAAUUUAAAGUAAUAAUAAACAAAGUUAUCGGAAA